CUAGUUGAUAGUGCUGCAGGCUCAUCGCGAACGACACUCGAUUCUAUCGCACCCCGCAAAAAAAGAAGAUAAUGAAACAAAGAAGGUAAGCUCCAUGGUAAAACCCCCAAACCAGCAAAUUAAAGCAAACACCACGAAAACUUGAAAGGAAAUGGCAUUCCAGCAACCUGGAAGAAUCUGAACGAGUGUUGAUACAUGCAGCCGGCAAACAUCAGCAGGAAAAGAUUCUCAGAAUGGGGUCACUUAAGGGGGAAAGGAUGAAGGCUCAUAUCGCUGGAGCAAUGGCAAAGUUGAGAGGAGUCAUUUCAGGAGUCCCACUGGGUAUGUCCAUGGAAGAUGUUAAAAUGAGAUUCAAGGAGGCAAAGUAACAGAUGCCACAAGGAUUAAGAGUAAAAGGGAUGGCUCACUGAAGGAUACCCUAUCGGUAGUAGUUCAGUUUGAGAAAGCUCUCAGUCAGCGCAAAUGGGCAACAUGAACUACAGCGUGAGGGAAUACAUUCCCAAACCACUCAGGUGCUAUGCAUGCCACAGAAUGAGACACACGGCACAGCAGUUCAAAGGAAAGCUAAGGUGUGCGAGAUGUGGAGGCCAACGAAACCGAGAGGAGAAGAAGAGAAUCAGCAUGGCGGUGCUCCUUGAAACGACGCUGGGCGAUAUUGUAAUUGAUUUGUUUACAGAAGAACGGCCUAAAACUUGCCUAAACUUUCUGAAACUAUGCAAGAUAAAGCACUACAACUACUGCCUCAUCCACAAUGUUCAGAGAGACUUCAUCGUGCAGACUGGAGAUCCCACUGGGACAGGGCGUGGUGGAGAAUCUGUCUAUAGCAAACUCUAUGGGGACCAGGCCCGCUUUUUUGAUGCAGAGAAAGCGCCACGCAUCAAACACAGGAAGAAGGGGACGGUGUCCAUGGUGAACAACGGAACCGAUCAGCACGGUUCUCAGUUCCUUAUUACCACUGGUGAGAACUUGGACUACCUGGAUGGAGUCCAUACAGUGUUUGGGGAAGUGACAGAAGGCAUGGACGUCUUGGCCAAAAUCAAUGAGACUUUUGUGGACAAGGACUUUGUCCCAUUUCAGGAUAUCAGGAUAAACCACACAGUGAUCCUGGAUGACCCUUUUGAUGACCCUCCUGAUUUGCCAGUGCCUGAUCGAUCACCUGAGCCCACCAAAGAGCAGCUAGAUAGUGGCCGAAUCGGAGCAGAUGAAGUGAUCGACGAUAUGGAUGGGAAAGGAGCCGAGGAGUUGGAGGAGAGGUUGAAGGAGAAGGAAGCCAAGACUCAGGCCAUACUGCUGGAAAUGGUGGGCGACCUCCCUGACGCAGAUAUGAGGCCUCCGGAGAACGUGCUGUUUGUGUGCAAACUGAACCCAGUGACCACAGAUGAGGACCUGGAAAUCAUCUUUUCCCGCUUUGGUUCCAUAAAAAGCUGUGAGAUCAUCAGAGACUGGAAAACUGGAGAUUCCCUCUGUUACGCUUUUAUUGAGUUUGAAAAGCAAGAGGACUGUGAAAAGGCGUACUUCAAAAUGGACAACGUGCUCAUUGAUGAUCGACGCAUUCACGUAGACUUCAGCCAGUCAGUCGCAAAGAUUAAAUGGAAAGGGAAAGGUGGGAGGUAUACUAAAGAUGACUUCAAAGCCUACGAGAGGGAUGUGGAGAACCGAUCCAAACUGGCUCUCAAGGAUCAAGUGAAACCUAAACAAGACUCCAAGUAUGACCUGCUAAUUGAGGAGGAAGAGGAGGCGACGAGCCAUCGGCACUCUGAGAAGAAACACAAGGAGAAGAGGCACCAUCAUCAUUCAGAUGAUGAGGACAGCAGGAAGUCCAAAAAGCACAAGGACAGCGAGGCUAGCCGGCGAGACAGAAAGAUGGGACACCAGCGCUCCCGAUCCCGCUCAAGUUCCCGCUCCAAAGACCGGGACCACAAACACAGCAAGUCCCGGGUCAAACAUGGGAAAGAGGACCGUGAUAAAGGCCACAGCCACAAGGACAGGAGCCGCAGCCGCUCCUCCAAGAAGUCCAAGGAUAAAGACAGGAGUAGAUACAGAUGAAGAUGAUCACCUUACCUUUAUUGAAUAUAUUUCUGACAGGAGAGUGGAGCCACAGAGAGGUCAUGAAUUCAGCAUCUAAAUAUUCACAAGCCUAAACUACUGGCUUCCUUUAAAAUCACUUGAUUUUGACUUUUAGAGAGAAACUGGAUGAUUAUCAGGUCCUUGUCACAUUGUCUUGAAGAACAAAAAUUGUUUGAGAAAUUGUUUUUUUAAUAUGUAUAUUAAAAAAUUCCCAUAGUGA